AUGAUAUCAAUUUCGGGCGUCAGUGGUGUUAAAGCCGGUACUUGUAAACACGCGGUUCAAAUUCAAAUCUCUCCGCGUAACAAGGUCGGACCGAUAUUCGAAACUCUCGCGUUCGUCAGGAAGUCACUGGUUGGGUACGCUCCUCCACAUGCACAGUUCGAGGACUCAUGGGAGCAUUUAAAGCAGCUAAAUCUCACUGAUGACGAUCCCACAGGUUCCGAUUCCAUUGAAAUUCUAAUCGGCGUUGAUUUGUACGACCGAGUGUUUCUCGACAACAGUCGGAAGGGGGCGGUUGGACAACCGUGCGCCCGAAACACUCACUUUGGCUGGGUCAUUUCCGGACCCACUUCUCCUCGCGUCUCUCCCUCUCGCUCGAUUAAAGUUAUGCACUGCACUCUCAAGCGGGAGCUCAGUAAAUUUUGGGAAGUCGAAGAACUUCCACACCAGCGUACUCUCUCUCCAGACGAAAGGCUCUGUGAGGAGCAUUUUCUCGCAAACUAUUCGCGUGGUGACAACGGGCAAUAUAUCGUGCGGCUUCCGUUCAAAAAAGGUCCGCCUAUUGAAGUUGGUGAGUCUCGUGUUAUAGCAAAUCGCAUGUUAGCCACGCUGCAUCGACGAUUAAAUCGCGAUCCCGAUUUGAAGAAAGAAUAUUGUUCAUUUCUCGCGGAGUAG